UACAGAGGUUUAACAACUGUAAAGGUUUAGGUCUGUAUGUUCACAUGUGAAAGAACAGAUUUAACUGUUUGUUAAUGUUCUCAGUGAAUUACAAAAAAAAAUAAAUGUUAGAAGAAUUGAUGUGGUGUAUAUGUAUAAAAACAAGCGGGAAGAAAAAUAAAAAAGGGGGAAUGAGGACAGUGUUAAUACCAAUUGAGAGAAGUUCAGACUUUGUUCACCGGGUUAUUUCGUGGUUUAAAAAAAUAAUAAAUAAAAAAUAGGUAAAUGUAUAAAUAAAAAUUUGUUCAGGUGGGUGAUGUGAUUUUGUUUCUAAGAAAAGGGGAGAUGUCAUGUAUUAGGAUUGCUGUGGUUGUUACCAGUGUCCGUCGUUAGAGGGUGCUGGAGGAGGGAAGAAUAAAAGUGUUCGGAGAAAGUAAUGGAAGUAAAAGAGGUGUUUGGAAAAGCACAGGUGUUUGUCAUUAUUUUAAUGUAGGCAGUGAUGUUACAGUUAGGGGUCCAAGCCUUGGUAUCGACCAAGUUGCCACUCUUUUGGCCCUUGAGUGUGUCAGCCAGCCGCUUGAACAUUUCCGCGGUCACGACGUCCGGUUCCGGUUCAGCGUCAUCUUUCAGCCGGCAACACCGGCAUGCCCGCCGUCUUGUUUCUGUAUAAAUAGCCACCGGCUGCCUGCGCUCGCUGACAGAUUGUCUCGUUCGGCUCCGCGCUUUUUUGUGACCUUUCUGCCUUUAUUUUUUCCCCUGGAUUGUUUACUUUCGUUUUCGGAUAUCCCGUUUUUUUUUCGGAUUUUUGCCUGCCCUCGGUUUCCGGAGUUUUGGAUUAACCUUUGCUCUGUUCUCCGGCUCUCUCCCUUUGUCUGUUUUCGGACUCGCUUCUGUUUUUAGACACGCCCCCUGCUUCGCUCUCCUGGUACCACGGACCUUCACAUUAACCCAAUCAGUCUUCAUUGAAACCGCUGUCUGUUUUUGAGUGAAGGCUUUAUCCCCUGUGCUACAUGUCUGCUUCAACUAGAACCUCACAUCCCAAAUUUUCGACAGUGCGCUCUUCCAUUGGUGACACGGUUGUUCUAGAAUGUAAAAUCUCUCUUGAAAUCAGUAAAGUUACCAGAGAGAUUAAGUGGUUUAAGGGAACAGAAUGUGUUCACCAGGAGGCUUUGGGAGAUUUGUGUUGGGGACAUGUAUCUCUGACACUAAGAGAUGUUAAAGUCAAGGAUUCAGGACAGUACAGGUGUGAAGCUCAUGGAGAAAGAAAAGAAGAAAUUGGUGUUGUUUAUCUUCAUGUUGCAGGGUUUAAACUGGUCCCCAGCUCACAACCUUUUGGCUUCUCCCAUUUUUUUCCUGGUGAUGAUGCCACGCUUCCCUGCCAUCUGUCUCCAAAAAGGAGUGCUGUUGCCAUGGAGAUCAGGUGGUUUAAGGGGGCAGACUGCAUUUGUGUGUAUCAGAAUGGGCAGAUGAGAGAGGGGAAAGACUACGAGGGCAGAGUGAGUCUCUUCACCCACGAGUUGAAGGAAGGAAACUUGUCUCUGAUGCUGAGGAAUGUUCAGGAGUUGGAUAAUGGAGAGUAUAAGUGUAAAGUCACUCAUGGAAAGGACAAGGUGAAAAGUGAUCAAAACUCACUAUGUGUGAAAGAAUUGCAACUGACCCCUGAACCAUACUUUUACCUUAUAAAGAGCAUUUCUGAAGCAUCUGUUGCCCAACCAGUCACUGUCCAUGCCUACGCUGAUGAUGAAGUCACUCUGCCCUGUUACCUCUCUCCUCCAAUUAGUGCUGUUCCCAUGGAGAUCAGGUGGUUUAAAGGGACAGACUGUAUUUGUGUGUAUCAGAAUGGGCAGGUGAAUGAGGGGAAGGGCUUUCAGGGCAAAGUGUGUCUUUUUAUCCACAAGCUGGAGGAAGGAAAUGUGUCUCUGAUGCUGAGAAAUGUUCAGGAGUCAGAUGAUGGAGAGUACAAGUGUGAGGUGACUUGUCAAAAAUGCAAGAUGGAAAGCAAUGGAGUUUCCCUACAUGUGUCAGAGUUUAAACUGGUCUCCAGCUCCAGUGAUCUUGACAUGCCUGAUAAAUUUUAUGGUGAUGAUGUCACUCUCUCCUGCCACCUCUCUCCUCAAAUGAGUGCUGUUGCCAUGGAAAUCAGAUGGUUUAAAGAGACAGAAUGUAUUUGUGUGUGUCAGAAUGGGCAGGUAAAUGAGGGGAAGGGCUACGAGGGCAGAGUGAGUCUCUAUACCAAAGAGCUGGAAGAUGGAAAUGUGUCUCUGUUGCUGAGGAAUGGUCAAGAGUCAGAUGAUGGAAAAUACACAUGUGAAGUCACCAAGAGAAAAGACAAGGUGGAAACUAAACAUUACUGGCUGCGUUUGAACGAAUUGAAACUGACCCCUAGCCCAUUCCAUUUUCAUACACAGAGAAUGAAGUCUUACACCAUUUGUGCCUGUGCUGGUGUUCAAGUCACUCUGCCUUGUCAUCUGUCUUCUAUAACUAGCGCUUCUGCCAUGGAGAUCAGGUGGUUUAAAGGGACAGACUGUAUUUGUGUGUAUCAAAAUGGGCAAGUGAAUGAGGGUAAGGGCUACGAGGGCAGAGUGGGUCUUUUUAACCUCAAGCUGGAGAAAGGAAACGUAUCUCUGAUGCUGAGGAAUGUGCAGAAGUCAGAUAAUGGAGAGUACAAGUGUAAGGUGACUCGUCGAGAACACAAUAUGGAAAACACCGUUAACCUACAUGUGUCAGAAUUUAAGCUGGUCCACAGUCCUGAAGAUGUUGGAAAAUCCUCUGGAUCAGAGUAUGGAUUUGACAUGUUUAUAUCUGAUGGUCAUGAUGAAGUCACUCUGCCCUGUUACAUCUCUCCUAAACAGAGUGCUGUUGCUAUGGAGAUCAGGUGGUUUAAAGAGACAGACUGUAUUUGCGUGUAUCAGAAUGGGCAGGUGAAAAAGGAGCAGGGCUACGUGGGCAGAGUGAUUAUUUUCACUCAUAAGCUGGAGGAAGGAAAUGUUUCUCUGAUGCAUGUGGAGAUGAGAAGGUGGAAACUUCAGUUUACCUUUACAAAGUGAUUUGGGAAACGAUGUCUAAAUCAUUAAUACCUAAAAUCAAAGGAAGAUCAAGUGAUGAUGAACACAAUCCUGGAAAACACGGAAGACGUUGGAGUUAUCAGUUAGACUUACCAACCAUGUGAAGACAAAGCUUGGGUGAAAAAGACCAAGACAGAGAAAAGAAGACAAUUCCAGUAAAGGACAUUAGAAAGCAUUAACACAGCGAAAAGAUUUCCAGUGAUUUUUUUUUUACAAUGCUGUUACCAGUCCUAGCUAAUUUCAGCUAGCUAACUAGCCUAUUUUAGUCUCUAGAUUAAAUCUAUUACUGUCACUUUAUCAUUGCAACUGUACAUAGCUACAGGUAAAGAUUGAUGUCAAAUCAUAUAGUGGUCAAGAUCCCGAAAAUACAUGGGUCAUUAUUAUUAUUAUUAUUUUUUUAGACUUUUCAGCUGGUUCUUACUCACUAACCAUUUAGGCAUGGACUGCACUGGACAAGCUGUGGUACCUGGGACCAAGAUGUUAGCAUGGGCCUCCAUUGAUCAAACUUGUUUGUCUUUAACCUUUUCUGAACCAUUUUUCAUUUGUGGCAGAGUGCAAUAUAUCCUCAUAUCAAUAUAUCCUGCUGAAAGAAACCAGAGCCAUCAGGGAACACCUUUUCC